AUGUCCGCUCAAGCUGCACAGCCAGCUCAGGAAGACAUGGCUGUGGUCGCCCCGAACGCAGAGGCCGAUCCUGCCAACAAUGCUGCUCAUGCCCCGCAAAUUGACGAAGAUUCCGAGAUGAGCGAAGAGGAGCAGCCAUUAAAGAAGACCAAUGGCGCCAGGAAGAGAGCGGACAGUAGCGAUGAGGAGGAGAAGCCACUCGCCAAGAAGACCAAGGCGAAUGGUGCAGCAAAGCGACGUGUGGUGGCCAGCAGCGACGAGGAAAGCGACGAACCUCUCUCGCAAAAAGCGAAACGAACCACCAAGAAGGCUGCUGCUUCUGACUCCGAGGAGGAGGAGAAACCACUGGCGAAGAAGGCGACCAACGGCAAGAGCAAGGUCAGGAAGGAAAUCCCUGCUAGCUCCCCUCCUGCUGAAUCCUCCGAGGAGGAACAAAAGCCUUUGGCCAAAAAACCCGCUCGACGCGCCUCAACAAAGAAGGCUGUAAAGGAAGAGAGUGGGUCCGAAGACUCUGAAGAUGAGAAGCCCGCCAAGAAGAAGCCUGCCAAGCGCGCUCCCGCCAAAAAGGUCAAGAAGGAGGAGACAGAAUCAGAGGAAGAGGAAAAGCCCCUGGCGAAGAAGGCCAAGGCCGCUGUAAAGAAGGAGGUUGUCAAAUCAGAGAAAGGCGGGAAGAAGAAGACAAAGAAGGAAGAGGAAGAGGAAGAAGACAAGUACAAAUGGUGGGAAGAGCAAGAUGCUAUGGGCGAUGGUUCUUCUAAAUGGACUGUCCUUCAGCACAACGGUGUCUUGUUCCCUCCUGCAUAUGUCCCUCUCCCCAAGAACAUCAAGAUGAAAUAUGACGGUGUCCCUCUUACCCUUCCCCCCGAGACCGAAGAAGUCGCCGGCUUCUUUGGUGCCCUUCUCGAAACCGAUCACGCUCAGGAUGCAAAGUUCCAAGAAAACUUCUUCCGCGACUUUAAAGAGAUUGCUGCAAAGUUCCCGCCAGAAGAGCCCGUCAAGAUCAAGAGCUUUGAGAAGUGUGACUUUAGGCCGAUGUUUGAGUACUUUGAGAAGGAGAAGGAGAAGAAGAAGGCGAUGACCAAGGAUGAGAAGAAGGCCAUCAAGGAGGAAAAGGACAAGCUGGAAGCACCGUACCUCUUUGCCAACGUAGACGGAAGACAAGAGAAGCUCGGUAACUUCCGUGCCGAACCUCCUGGAUUGUUCAAGGGUCGUGGUGAACACCCAAAGAAGGGCACGGUCAAGAACCGUCUCCGACCCGAGGACAUCAUCUUGAAUAUCGGCAAAGAGGCGACUAUCCCAAUUCCCAAUGUUCCCGGUGAAUGGAAGGGUGUUCAGCAUGAUAACACUGUCACUUGGCUCGCCUACUGGAAGGAGAACGUAAAUGGAAACACGAAAUAUGUGUUUUUAAGCGCUGGUAGUGCUUGGAAGGGUCAGAGUGAUCGUGCCAAGUUUGAAAAGGCUCGAGAGCUCAUUAAACACGUCGAUCAAAUCCGAAAAGACUACACAACCGACCUCAAGUCCAAGGUCAUGGCCGACCGUCAACGUGCUACCGCUCUCUACUUUAUUGAUAUCCUCGCUCUGCGUGCUGGUAACGAAAAAGGUGAAGACGAGGCAGACACUGUCGGUUGUUGUUCCUUGCGAUACGAGCACGUCACGCUGCAACCUCCUAACACCCUGAUCUUUGAUUUCUUGGGUAAGGAUUCGAUGAGAUUCCAUCAGGUUGUGGAGGUUGCUCCUCAGGUGUUUAAGAACAUCAAGUUGUUCAAGGCUGAACCCAAGAAGAAGGGCGACGAUAUCUUUGACCGGUUGACUACUUCGCUUGUGAACAAGCAUCUCAAUAGCAUGAUGCCUGGUCUCACCGCCAAGGUCUUCCGUACCUACAACGCCUCUUGGACUUUCCAACAGCAAUUGGACAAGAACACUCCCGAGAAGGGCACCGUGGCUGAAAAGAUUGCUGCCUACAAUGAUGCGAACAGAGAUGUCGCCAUUCUGUGUAACCAUCAAAAGAGUGUUAGCAAGGGCUUUGACAGUAGUUUCGCGAAGGCUGAGGACAAGCUCCGAGCCCUCAAGUACCAGCGUAUGAAGCUUCGCCUCCAGCUCUUCGCCAUCGACCCCAAGCUGAAAAAGAAGCACAAGGAGCUCGCCGAGGACGAGUCGGACGUGGACGACGAGUUUAUCGAACGACACGAGGAGGAGCUCUUAGAGAAGGCUUUGGAGACUGCCAAAAAGAAGUUUGACACGGAUAAUGUCAAGGCUGAGAAGGAUGACAAGCCGAAGAGGAAGAAGAAGGAUUUGGAGGAGAGGCUGGACGAGAUCAAGGCGGAGUUUAAGGAGUUGAAGAAGGAGCGAAAGUCGAAGAAGCUCGAGCCGAAGAGAGGCGCUACGGAGGAAAAGCUCCUCGCCCAGAUCUCCAAAAUGGACGAACGGAUUGCCACAAGCAAGGUGCAGCUUCGGGACCGAGCAAACCUCAAGGAUGUUGCCCUUGGUACCUCCAAGAUCAACUAUAUCGACCCCCGGUUGACUGUUGCCUGGGCCAAGAAGUAUGAGGUGCCUCUUGAGAAGCUCUUCUCCAAGACAUUGCGCGAAAAGUUCCCCUGGGCUGAGGCCGAGGCUGGUCCCGACUGGAGAUUCUAA